AUGGAUGAAGUGUUGAAGGGCAUUCCGAGAGUUGGCUCCUACAUUGAUGACGUCAUUGUGGCAGGGUCGGACAUGGAUGACUGUCAAAAUGCGCUUGAGCUUGUCUUGCAGAGAUUUUGUGCCUUCAUCAUCACACUGAAUGUCGACAAGUGUCGUUUCUAUCAAAGCUCAGUAACUUAUUUCGGUCACAAAGUGACUGCGGAGGGCAUUUACCCUGCUGACGCCAAAGUACAGGAUAUCCUGGAAGCGCCGGAGCCAAGUUCAGUCGAAGUUUGGCCGAUGUCCUCAACGACUACCACGAAGACGGCUGAGAGACUAAGAAAUGUCUUUGCAGCCUACGGGCUGCCUGAAAAGUUAGUCAGCGACAACGGGCCUCAGUUCAAGUCUGUUGAGUUCUCGGACUUCUUAGAGUGCAAUGGUGUGAAGCAAGUCCGUGCCGCGCCAUAUCACCCCACGUCCAAUGGUGCAGCGGAGCGCACCGUGCAGACGAUAAAACGGGCGCUGUUAAAGCAAGUCAUGGAGCGUGAUGUCAUCGCGUGCGGUCGCUUCAGGAGUGUGUUGAUAAUUUGCUCAUCCCCUGCAGAAAUAUGCCAAGCAGUGUGA